AUGGAAAACUAUGGUUACCUAGCCACUGUCACCCAGGUAAACUCAGGUGAUGUUGACAAACGGGGCUGGAUUGGACUGUAUCGAGUGGGAGGGAAGACCUGGAACUGGACGGGUAGUUUAGCAUCUAGCUACAGAAACUGGGCACCAGGACAGCCACUCACUGCAGACUGUGGCUCUUUGCAUGCUUUUACCGGAGGCUGGGUAGGCUAUGCUUGCUCUGAAAGGUUUUACCCUUUUUGUUUUGUUGACAACCUGGUGGUGGUGAAUGAGAACAAGACAUGGGAGGACGCCUUGAUUCACUGCAGAGAGAUGAAAGCAUCAUGUGCUGGCUGUAUGUACGACCUCCUGAGCCUGACCGAUGUCUCUCAGUACAAAUAUGUCAGAGACAGGAUCUACAGAGCAACCACUGAUGAGGCUUGGAUUGGCUUGCGUUUCCUGGGAGGAAAAUGGUUUUGGUUAAAUGGAGACAAACCAGGUCCCAAAGAUAUGCUGCCGGACUGUCCGUCCAACUGGGAACACUGUGGGACUUUGUCCAAGUUUGACACAAACAGCACGUGGAUGAUCAGGGACUGCGCAGACAGAAGAAACUUUGUCUGCAUUCAAGUGACCCCAAAGUGAAUGA